UUUGCUGGUUUACUCUCCUCGCCUUCGCCCUCGCCUCUCCCUCAUGCUCUUGUUACCCCAAAUACACGUUUCUACGGGGAAUUUAGGACCCCUGGACUUGGUAUUUCCUGUCUCCCAGCGCUUGAGGCGUACAGGGUUGUACAAUCUCGCCAUUCUUCGCCGGCCAGUUAUCUAUACCCCGUACAUGAAAAUGGUUACCUGAAAGUACUCGUGAUCCUCGAAGGAUACGAACAUGUUUACCGACUUCCGCGUAUCUCCGCGCCGCCGCCCCUACGCCCUAGUGCUGACAGAGCGCUAUUACACAGGAUGGACCCUCCGACGCUGCAGAUACACCUACUUGGAGUAAAUAAUUCCACGAUAAUUGGGAUAAUAAUCGG